AUGCUUCUGAAGAAGUUCAAGCCCUCGGUUUGGAUUCCAACUAUCGCCGUCGCAUGGGGAAUCGUCAUGGUCUGCCAUGGAUUUGUCCACAACUACGCUGGCUUGUUAGCGUGUCGACUCGUCCUUGGUAUCCCAGAAGCAGGAAUCUUCCCCGCUUGCUCGUACUACGUGACGAUGUGGUACCCUCGAGCAGAAGCACAGUACCGGACAGCACUAUUUUACGGUGCUGCCUCACUCGCUGGUGCUUUCUCUGGCUUACUUGCUUACUGCAUCUCCCUAAUGGAUGGCGUUGGAGGAUACGGAGGGUGGCAAUGGAUUUUCAUUCUCGAGGGGGCAGCUACAGUUCUUUGUGGCUUGGUGGCAUGGUUUUUCAUUCACGACUCCCCGAAUGGCGCAAAGUGGCUCGAUCAAGAUGAGAAAGACUACAUUAACGCCCAGCUUGCCUACGACGGAAACAGCUCAGGCAAUGCCUUGCAGGAGGGACGAAAGAAGGUGUCCUACAUCAAAGAAGCUUUCUGUGAUUGGCAGAUUUACCUCAGCUCCAUGAUCUACAUCGGAAUCUCAACUAGCACGUAUGGCCUCGUUUUUGGCCUACCCACAAUUAUUAACAAUCUGGGCUACACCGCUCGCAUCGCCCAGCUCCUCACUGUCCCCCCCUACGCCACCGCCUGCGUUCUCACCAUCGUCGUGGCCCACUUCUCCGACAAGUACAAGAAGCGUGGAGUCUUCAUCAUUGGCAGCCUCACUGCCUCGGCCAUCGGCUUCACCCUCGCCAUCGCCACCUCCGACCGCAAAGACCUCUCCGGCGUAACCUACGCCGGAGUCUUCAUCGCUUGCUGCGGCUUCUAUCCCGCGUUCCCAGGUGUCAUUGCUUGGCUUGCUAAUAAUCUUGCUGGCUCGUAUAAGCGUGCUGUUGGAAUGGGGUUGCAAAUUUCGCUGGGCAACACUGGCGGUUUGAUCGGGUCGAAUAUUUUCCGCGCCCGGGACGCACCAGCAUACAGACCUGGUUACGGCAUCUCGAUUGGCUUCAUUGUGAUGUCUGCCGCAGCCGCGGUGCUAAUGAUCACCAUCCUGGACAGGAUCAACAAGAAGCGCGAGGCGGCGGUGGAAGAGAUGGGUGGAGAGGCAAUUCUCAUAGAGGAGAAAGGAGAGUGGAAUCUUACAGAGAUGGGCGAUCGUAGCCCCCUAUUUAGGUAUAUCUUGUAG